GUGAUGUUGCUCAACACUAGUUAGAGGCCGAUGCUGAAAAAGGCAAAAGCAAAAUUAAAUUUCAAGUGUGUAAUUAAAUUGUAGCCGUAAUGUGCUCAACUGCAACACUUUAACUGUUCUAGUUGUACGUGCAACUCGCGGCGCUUUGAAAUAAAGGUGGGUGGCCACCGUACAACAACACACACACGCUACUAUUAGAGCGAGUUCCGCCCUCGCCUUACCCUUACACCAAUAAGAGAAAAAAAAAUCGAUUUUGUGAUAGUGAUAACAGCGCUUACGCUUACAACUCGAGGCAGAGGCCGUUGCUUUUGCUGCAUACAAUUUGUGACUAAUACCGAACGGAGUCAACAUGAAUUUGGAUUUUGCUAGGGUGUGCGGCAAGCACAAUCUCGUCUACGAGGCCUACUAUAAACAGAUUGACCCAAAGGGCACGGGUGCCAUCGAAGCCAUGACGGCCGCCAAGUUCUUGAAAAAGUCCGGUCUCAGCGAUGUGGUGCUCAGCCGCAUCUGGGAUCUGUCCGAUCCGAAUGGCAAGGGUUUUCUGGACAAGCCAGGCUUCUUUGUUGCCCUUAAACUGGUCUCACUCUCGCAAGCCGGCCAGGUGGCCAACAUGAACAACAUCUACGUGGACACAGUCAAUCCGCCGAAAGUGGGUGAAAUACCAAAGGCAAUACCCACCCGCAUACAGACGGUGCCAGUUGCGAGCGCCGGUGCCUCCAGCGGGGACUGGACCAUCAGCGUUAUCGAUCGCCUUAAAUACGAGCAACUGUUCGAGUCGCUGAAUCCGCAGAACGGUAUGCUGCCGGGCAACAAAGUGAAGGGCGUGCUCAUGGACUCCAAGCUGCCCAUGAACAUACUUGGCACCAUUUGGGAUUUAGCUGAUCAGGAUAAGGAUGGCAAUCUGGAUAAGCACGAGUUUAUAGUAGCCAUGCAUCUGGUUUACCAGACACUCCAGAAGCGCACAGUGCCCAGUGUGCUGCCGCCAGAGCUGCGCAAGGCGCCCAAACCCGCCAUGCCACCGCCGCCAGCGGCAGCUGCUAUUGUUGGCGCUCCCAUGCCGCGAGCGCCGAGCGGUGAGGGUUUCGGCGAUGCUGGGUUUGUGGCCAACUUUCCCAAAGAUAUUGCACCGCCGGCAGCAAUACCACCACUGCCCGUCGCUGUACCACCCAUGACGCGCAUUCCACCGGUGGGCGCGGUUAGCUCACAGCCUCUGAUACAAACUGAUCCACUGAUACCUAUUGGAGCACCACCAUCGGUGACGGCCAACGCUGAUUGGGUGGUCAGCGCGAACGAACUAAUUCGAUUUGAGGAAAUUUUCCGGCAGUCGGAUUUGGACAAGGACGGCCUAGUGUCCGGUCUCGAGGUGAAGGACAUAUUCAUUAAAUCGGGUAUACCACAACGCAGCCUCGCAGAUAUCUGGGCGCUCUGCGACACCAAUCAAUCGGGCAAGCUGACCGUAGAGCAGUUCGCUUUGGCCAUGUGGCUUGUGGAGCGCAAACAACGCGGCGUGGAUCCGCCUCAGGUGCUCACAGCCAAUAUGGUGCCGCCGUCGAUGCGUGCAAUAGUCUCCGGCGUGGACAUGCAGCCGCAGGAGGCGAAGCCAACCUACUCGAAUCCCGAACUGGAGAUGAUAUCGAAGGAGAUUGAAGAACUGGCACGCGAGCGACGUGCCCUGGAAACGGAAAUAGCACAAAAGGAGGCCGAUGUGCGCAUCAAAAAUGGCGAAGUGCGCAGCUUGCAGAGCGAAUUGGACACUUUGACGGCCACGCUGAAGCAGCUGGAGAAUCAGCGCGGCGAGGCACAGAAACGUCUGGACGAUCUACAGGCUCAAGUCAUUAAGAUACGAGAUCAGUGCCACAAGCAGGAGGAAACUAUCAACGAACAGGAGGGUGAACUGAAUGCUAAGCGAUCGGAGCUGCAGAAGCUCAAGGAUGAGGAGUCGGCGCUGCAAAAGGAAUACGAUAACAACAAUCGCGAACUAUCCAAGCUGACCAAGCAUCUGCAGAAUACUCAGCUGCAGAUUAGCUCCGUGCGCUCCAUGGUCACCCAGCUGAUGGAAACGCAGCGCCAAAUGACCGAUGCGCUGCUCAUUUGUCGCGCCGCCAUGGAGAAUCAAAAUGCUGAGCUAGUCUCGGAAUAUCAGCUAAAAAUCGAGCCGGACUUUGAUGAUGCGCGCAAAACGCUGCAAAAAGAAAUCGACAUGUCCAAAGAAGAUCCCUUCGAGGAGAAUAACAGCGGUGCUGCCAACAAGGCUACCAAUGGCUUUGGCAACGAUCCCUUUAGCGGCCAGGCCAGCAAACCCACGCCCACCAUUACCGGCGGCUUUGAUGAUAGUUUCAACAUGAGCGCCGGCUUUGAUAGUGGCUUUGAUGCGUUUGGCCAGAGCAACACAAGUGGUUUUGGGCAAACGCAACGCAACGAUCCAUUUGGUUCUGAUGCAUUCGCUGCAACUAAAUCCAAUGCCAUAACGCCAGAGCCCGGCAAGGAUGAUUUUGGCAGCGAUCCAUUUGCGGCGCUGCAUGCGCCCACGGGUCAGGGACAGGUGCUCAGUCCCAAUGCGCAACGUUCAGGCCCACCACCCAGACCGGAGUCACCUAGUCCAGCAUUGCCACCAAAAAAAUCCAAGGUGCCGCCACCCAGACCAGCUCCACCACGCGCAUCUCAGCCAACAAGCGGCUUCGGCUCUAGCGCUGGCGGCGGCGGAGGAUUUGCUGAUUUCGAAGACUUUGACAAUAAGCUACAAAACAUUCCAAUCGGUAACUCGAAUACCAACACGCCAACACCAGCGUUAAGCGCCACGCUGCUCGAUAGCUUCUCGCUGUUCGAUGAUCCGCAGAGUCAAAGCCAGAGUAAGGGAGCCAGUACUAGUACACAAACACUGCCACUGCCACUGCCACUGCACCACCCACAAGCCUCCCAGCACACACUGCUAUCGACAUCAUCGACAUCGACAUUGGCAUCGGCAUCGACAUCGGCAUCGACAUCAACAUUGACAUCAGCACCCGCAUCAGCCUCCACACAGGUCAGCACAAAUAACCAACAUUUGUCGCGUUCCAAUACACCGCUGCAGACACAGGCAACAGCGGUCACAGGAACUGGAACUGGAACAGGCGCAGGAUCACUGACGGGCCUCUUUGAUGCCUUUGGCGGCGGCAGCAGCAAGCAGGCAGCGACGCCAGUGCCUGCAGUUAUACAAGGGCCAACAGAUUUUAAGGAUGAUCCCUUCAAGGACUAUCGCUAUGAAGAUCCAUUCAAUAUCAAAGAUCCCUUUGCAGACGAUGAUGAGAGUACAUCCGCGGGCGGAGCUAGCAAAAAGAACUUUGCCGAAGACUUUAGCUCGGAGGAUGAACUCGCAUGCAGGCCCGUUAAUAACAAUAACAAAUCAAAGACGGCCACGCCGCUCAGCAGCGAAUUGUUGCAACAAUUUGAUGCAUUCAAUCUGAAUGCCAGUCCGGCGCCAUCGCAUCAUUCGAGCGCAUCGCAACCCAAGGCGCUGGAUGCAUUCGCCGACUUUGAUGACUUUGCGCUGGAGAAGCCGCCAGCGGCGCGAAGGACAACGCAGAGCAAUGCAAAUGUGAACAAACUAAAUGAUUCCUUUUUCAAUGCAUUUAAUGAUGAUAAUUUCAAUGACAACAACCUGGACACCCUGAAGGCCAAGACCAAUAACGAACAAAUUAAGACCAAGUCGCAGGUGGCCGCUUUUGAUGCAUUUGCUGCCGUCAGCAGCGCAACGACGACAACAAAGGACUCCAAACUGUUUGAUGCCUUCAAUGACAAUUUUGAGGAUAGCUUCAGCUCCAAUAAGCUCACCAAUUCGACCACUCUGGACAAUAAUUUUGCUAAAUUUGAUGCCUUCGAUGCACACAAUUUCUCCAGCGACUUUGGCAAAUCCCUCGACGACAGCAACGCCAACAAAAGCAAACACAAUGGCAGCGCCGCCGCCGCCGGCAAGAAGAUGAAAGAGGCGCUGGGCAAGCCGGCGGAUAAGUUUGCGGCGGACUAUUCAAAGCCCGAGAGCUUUGAUGCCGAUCUGGAGGAGGCGCUAAAGCGCAGCAUGCUGGACAACUGAUUGGUUCUCGAAUCCAAAAACACAGAAAUUGGUUGAAAUUGGUUGAAACAACAACAGAUACAAAUGUGAUGUUGCAUACGAACAAUCUCUAAAUAACGACACGAGUGUCCGCAAUAACCAGAUAUAGCUGUGCUCCGGUUUAAAGCAACUUUCCAAAUCGUUAAAUAUUAUUGCUUUCAAUUGUUAUAGUUUAUUUUGUGCUCCAUAAUGAACACUGUAUGGCAAUUGUCAUUGUGUAUUAUAUCUACAUAUAUAUGUAUAUUCCAUAGUGUAUAUGUUGCGGAUACAUUGAAUGUCGUAAGGCGAAAGCAAAAAUCCCAAAAUGCUGGUAUUAUAUUCAUUAUAUCAUAUUUAAUAGUUAAUAUAUAAUCGACAUACUCGUUGACGUGCUUCUUAUAACGCGUUUACACGCAUGUACACCAAAACUCUAUGAAUAAACCAAGAGAAAUAUACUAAA